AUGAUUCCUUAAGUAAUUACAAUUGAAAACAAUGAAUACUUGACUACAGAAUUACUUGGUCGAGGUGCUUAUGGAAUAGUUUUUAAAGGAAUACAUUAACAAACGGGAUAGGAAGUUGCAAUAAAAGUAUAAGAUAGCAUAAAUGAUUAUGAAUAUUAAAUGUUAACCAAAAUGAAAGGAAAAAAAUUUAAGAAUUUAAUAAAUACACUUCAUGUAGAGAAAAUAGAUAGUCAAUAUUAUGUAGUAAUGGAAUACUGUAAAUAAAGUUUAUAUGAACGAAUAUAAUAAAAAGGUACUAUAAAUGCAUAGGAUAUAAGAUUUAUUAUGAGAGAAAUAGCAAAUGGCAUAAAAGAAAUUCAUGUUUUGGGUUAUGCUCAUAGAGAUCUUAAGCCUGAAAAUAUAUUAAUAAGCUAAAUCACAAAUGAAGGUUAAAUAUAAGAAAGAUAUAAAAUUUGUGAUUUUGGAACUAUUAAAGAUGCUAAUGUGUUAACAACUUAAACUGUUGGCACUGCUUAUUAUCUUGCUCCAGAAUAAAUUAAUGGUUUAAAAGAUAAAUAUACCUCAGAAGUUGAUAUUUGGGCCUUUGGAGCAUUAAUUUAUGAAUUAUUGACUGGAGAACCAAUGUUUAAUGGUAUUUUAAUAAUUAAAUUUAGGAUAUUCCGAAAUAGCUGUCUGGGAUAAAAUUGCAAGAUUAAAUUAAAAUGAUAUUGAUUAAUUAAUUGAGAAAAAUUUGAAAAUAGAUCAAAAAUAUAGAACUCUUCUCAAAAAUAUGAUGCAAAUUGAUAUUAGAAAACGUCAUUCAAUUAAUUAAAUUAUAAAUGAUUUGAAUUCGAGAGGUGAUUCAGUAUUAAUAAACAAACCCAGACAUCUUGAAAAUCCAAAGCCCAAUAUUGUCCCUCAAUAAAACCUAAAAAUUGGUUUACCACUACCAUCAUAAUUUACAUAAUACCCUUAAAACAACUAUUAUCCAUCAAUCCGUGGAAAUAAUACUAAUUAAUAUUCUAACUCUUUCCUUUAAAACUAAAACAAUAGUGAAAGGGUAGAACUUGCUUCAUCACAAAGACAAAAUUUAAAAAAUUAAAAUCCAUAAUAAUAAUUAUAAUCUUAAGUAUAAACUAAUUAAAUAUUUAUUUCAAACUAAUUAUCUUAACCUAACCCUCAAAGUUGCAACAAUCAAAAAAUUGAAAAUUCUUAAUUACAAUAAUAGGUAUAACCCUAAUUAUAAACUAUCUAACCAUCUACUAAUCCUAAUUAAAACACAAUCUCUGACCCUAAAAAUUUUGUCAAGGAAGGAGGGAGACCUAUAGAAAAAACAAAUGUAAGAUAAAUGUAUCUCUCACCCUAAUUAUAAAAUAAUAAGCCUUAAGUUAAAAUGGAAUUUAAUAAUAGAGAAACUAAUACAAAGGCUCCUUAUGGUGGACUAAAUUAGAUAGCUUAAACCAUUACUUAAAUUCAAGAUCCAAGUGUUAAAACAGAAAUAAAUUAAAUAUAAAUUAAUCAGUAAAAUCUUAAUGGUAAUAUAGGUUUGAAAGUUUAAUAAAAUAAUUUCAAACAAAAUCCUAACACUUCAAAUUAACAAUCAAAUAUAGAUUCAAAUAAGAAUUAGUAAUAAUAAAUAGCUGCAUAAUAAUUUCAAUAAUAAAUCAAAAACAAUAAUAAUUUUCCAUAAUAAAAUUAACCUACAACUUUAACCAGAGUCACUAAUGCUGCAUAGUAAAGAGAAUAAAAAAAUUUGUUUUAAAACUAAAAAAAUUAGAAUUUAGUAAAUAUACAUCAACCUGCUUUAGUUUAAAAUUAAGGAUUAGCAUUUAAUCAAUAUCAAUAAUUAUUCAAUAAAUAUAAAAAAAAUAAUGAAUAGCAAAAAUGA